UGUGGUUGAAGGUUAUUACUCAUGGGUAUUCAGUUCCUUUUUAUGUUUUACGAAAUGUCAAUAUUGCUCCGAGAAGUGUAAAAAUCGGAUUAUUUUAGGACAUAAUGGUGGACACACGAAUCAACAACACUCUGUGCAAUCCUGGCUUAUUUGUGGACACUUGGGACAGAAUAUACCAAUUUUCAGGGCAAAAUGAACAAGUCAUGUUUUGCUUAGGGUCGUGGCUGGUGACUUUUGUAACAUAUUGGGUGGUUAAUAUAUCACUACUGUGCAUGGAUUUAACGCGUAAACCCGAAUUUCUUUACCAGUAUAAAAUUCAAAUGGAUAAGCCGAUCGAAGUUGCUAAACUCAAGAAGUUAUUCAAGGUGGUACUUCUAAACCAACUGUUUUAUGCCCCUCUAAUGAUAUGGGCGUACUACGUCAGCGCUACAUGGCGUGGAUGCAGCAUCCGUGGUAGUGACUUGCCGAGCGGCGGAAGGAUACUGUAUGAUUUACUCGGUUGUUUGAUCUUUAUUGAAGUCACAUUCUACUACUCACACAGGAUAAUGCAUCACCCUUUUCUAUAUAAACACAUACACAAAAUCCACCAUGAAUGGACGGCUCCUAUUGGUCUAACGUGCAUCUACGCUCAUCCAAUCGAAUUCAUGUUUUCGAAUAUAUUACCACUGAUUGGUGGACCGAUCGUGAUGGGAUCUCAUCUGAUUGUACAUUGGCUGUGGUUGGUACUUGCAAUGUAUUCCACUAGUAUAGCUCAUAGUGGGUAUCGUUUCCCGGUGGUUAGGUCAACUGAAGCUCACGACUUGCACCACUCAAAAUUCAACGUCUACUAUGGAUCUUCAAGAUUAUUGGAUUGGUUGCAUGGAACUGACAUUAUGUUUCGAGACAACGUCGCCUUCAAUCGACACAAGAGACUGAUAGGAACAACCCCAAUGUCUAAGGCAUACCCCGAUACUAAAAAAAGGCAGUAAAUAAAAACGAUCGAAUGCAAUAUUAUAAAAAAACUGGGCGAUCACUUUACAAAAAGGUCAUGUUAUUAUCA